CGGGGAGAAUUCAAGUUCAUGUUUCGGUAUAAAAGGAUGCGCGAGAAGCCGAGGAUUCAUCAGUUCAUACGUGACAUCAACAUGAAGUUUGCACUAUUCCUUGCUAUCUCUGCUGUGCUGCUCGUCGCCUCUGCUUUGGCGAAGCAUCAUGGACCACCGGGACCGCCAUCGGGUCCUCAUGGCCCACCGACCCUGUCUACUGGAAGUAGCGACAGUGAAAGUGGCAGCAGUAAACAAUCGAGCAAUUCUAGUUCUGUUGGCCGAAAUGCGAGAAGUGUUUUUCAACCUUUGGAUCACCUUCGGCCACCACAGUCUACACCAUCUACCUCUGAGUGAUCGAAGCUUUUAGUUGAACGUAGCUUUUUUGAACAUGUAAGAACAGGCCAUCUUUCACCGAAUAUAGCGCUUCAAUAAAUUUUUACAUUAUGCAAAUA